GAUGACAUGACGAGAACCAAUCAGAAUCUUAAAUAACCGGAAGUAAUGCCAGUUUAAAUCUUGGGCGGCAUUGAAUUUGGUUCGUAGCACAGAAAAGGAGAUACAAUGGAGAACAGCCUGUCCAGACUUCUUGUUGGACUUUCUGUACAGAUCAGUCGAAGUGACGGUCGAGUGCAUCUGGCCACUGUGAAGUCCGUCGAUGCCGUCAAGUCCACGGUUAUGGUGGAGUGGCAUGAGAGGAACAUCUGCCGGGGAAAGGAGGUUGAAGUGGAUGAGUUAUGUGCACUCAAUCCAGAGCUUUUGGACCAUAUAAACGCUGUCACCAACAAAGCUGCUGACCUGCCCCCUCCUGCUCCUGACAAGAAGUAUGAGGGUCGACUGCGCUCGUCCAGGAUUCCUGCCCCUGCCUCCUCCUCUGCAGCAGUCACCAUGGCUGAAGAGUCAGGUCGGCAAGUUGCCAGUCGGUCUCAGGUCAGGCAGACGUGUAUGUUCCAGGCACCGGCCCCUGUUCCAGCACCAGUCCCGACCUCUGAAUCUUCUCAGGCAAACCCGGAGACAAUCCACCCUGAUCUCCCCUCUUCAUCAGUCCUCACAAACUCUGCGGUCCCUAAUCAGCAGCGUAGAAAGAAUGAGGCCAAACCAGCACAUUCGCUUGUCCGUGAGGCAAUAAAGGAAAAUGACGAACCCGAGAGAAUGCCUCCGCCGCCUACAGUCAAAGGCAGAAGAAAAUCUGUGGUUCCCCAAGAGCUAAACAAAGGCAACAAAAGGCUGUCUUGUGUUGUAAAGCCCCCCGACAUGCAGACCAAGAGGGGAAAGUUUGGAGAGGCUUCUCGACCAAACCAGAAGUUCUACGAGAUGAUCCAAGACUUCAGAGAGACCUUGGAAGUAACCCCCAUUUCAACUACUGAUCAUAUUGAACCUCACAGGAUUUGUGUGUGUGUUCGCAAGCGGCCCCUUAACAAGCAAGAGAUUACUAAAAAGGAGAUAGAUGUGGUGUCUGUACCUGGAAAAGGUGCUCUGCUGGUUCAUGAGCCAAAACAGAAGGUGGACCUUACCAAGUACUUGGACAACCAAAUCUUCCACUUUGACUACUCCUUUAAUGAGACCACCACCAACGAACUGGUCUACAAGUUCACAGCCAAACCUUUGGUGCAGUCCAUUUUCGAAGGUGGUAUGGCAACAUGUUUCGCCUAUGGCCAGACAGGAAGUGGGAAGACGCAUACCAUGGGAGGUGAUUUCACAGGGAGGCAGCAGAACAGCGCCAAAGGAAUUUACGCCUUUGCAGCCCAGGAUGUUUUCGCCUAUCUCAACCACAGGAGGUAUGCUAACCUGGAUAUCUCUGCCCAUGUCAGCUUCUUUGAGAUUUACAAUGGAAAAGUGUAUGACCUGCUGAACAAAAAGGCCAAGCUCCGUGUUCUGGAGGAUGAGCGACAGCAGGUUCAGGUGGUGGGCCUGGAAGAGGUCUACGUGUCCACAGCAGAAGAGGUCAUCAAGAUGAUACAGAUGGGCAGUGCAUGCAGAACAUCAGGCCAGACCUCAGCUAACGCCAACUCAUCCCGCUCUCAUGCCAUCCUCCAGAUUGUCCUACGACGCAAUGACCGUGCCAGCACACUGCACGGCAAAUUUUCAUUGGUCGAUUUAGCUGGCAAUGAGCGCGGCACAGAUGUCAGCAGCAAUGACCGCAGCACUUUGGUUGAGACUGCCGAGAUCAACCGCAGCCUGCUGGCUCUCAAGGAGUGCAUUCGUUCACUGGGAAUGAACAGUGAUCACAUUCCUUUCCGGAUGAGCACUUUGACCAAGGUUCUCAGGGAUUCCUUCAUUGGAGAAAAGUCCAGGACCUGCAUGAUUGCUAUGGUGUCUCCAGGUAUGGCUUCAUGUGAAUAUACAAUGAACACACUACGUUAUGCUGACAGAGUGAAGGAACUGAAUGGAAAUUCCACAGCCAGCGGAGCAGCUAAGGCACAAGAGCCUAUAAAUAGCUCCACAGAAGAGGAAUCUGUUGUGGAUACCAGUGUGUAUGAUGCCAUAUCCCAAGUGGCAGAGCUGGAGGAGAAAGUUUAUGUAGAGUUCAAGAGGGGAAAUGAAUUUGUCAAGGCAAUGGAGCAAACCUCCUACAACAUCGAGGCAGGACUUCCCGACAUGGUGGAUCAUACCCGGAAGUUAUUGGACAUGUUACUGGCUUUGCAGUCUGCUGUGGAUCAAGAGAGAAUGGUGAGGCUGAACCAUUGAGACAAACCCACCAGAUGAACAAAGUUUGUCUGUUCUGAAGCAAUUCCCUUUGAUUUUAUUGUCUUAAUGUCUUUAAUAAAUAAAAUGUAUUCAGACACUAA